AUGGUUGAACAACAAAGACAACGUAUUGAACAAGAAAUGACCAAAAUGAUCAACGCGUUGGACUUGCAGUAUUUGAGAAAAAUGCAGGCUAAAAUGCAUAGAUGUGCAGCUACUUGUUGCGAAAACCAAGAGUCGUCACUAGAUCGUGUACAAAAAUGUGUGGACAAGUGUUCUGGGGAAUUGAAUUGGGCACAGGGUUACGUGCAACAAGAACUUGAAGGUUUGCAAAAUAAAUUGCAAAGAUGCGUUAUGGAUUGCAACGAUGAAGUUAGAGUUAAAAUGGGGCCAAAUCCUUCAGAUUCAGAAGUUGACAAAUUUACCAAAAUAUUUGAAGAAUGUGCAACAAAAUGUGUAGAUAAACAAAUGAGUUAUAUACCAUCUCUAUUGAAAAGAAUGAAAACUGAUCUUUCCAAAGGCAAUCUGGAAUAA